UCAAAGAGAAUAAGAACAACAAACGUCUGAAAUUUAAAAACAGUCCGAGCCCCACAGUAUUGUAUUUAAUGUAUUUAAAUGGUGUUGGGCACCCGCUGACACGGCGUGGAGGAUAAAAACCAAACAAACAAAAAAACAACAACAACGAACUAUUAAACAGAAUUCUUUGUGCUGCCAUGGACAGUGUGAAGAUGGAAUCUGUCCAGAUUAAAGAGGAGUUCCCUGAACUUGAACCUGUCCCCAUUAGAGUGGAGUUCUCUGGGCUGGCUUCCCUCCCCAUUAAACAAGAGCUCUUUAUGAUGCAAUGUGACAGCAGUCAGCCAGAAGUCUGUGAGAUUAAAGCUGAGCACAAUGAAAUGGAGAUCUCCCAGACAGAGGAACCCCUUCCUGUUAAACAAGAAGAGUUGCUGGAAACUGUCCGUAUUAAACAGGAGCCCCCUGAAGUAGAGUUUGACCACUUGGAACCAGGGAAGGAAGAAUCUGAGGACCUUAAACCAAACAUCCCUGAGCUGGAGCCUGUACGCCUGCGGGAGUGUAGCGUGGUGCUGGAGAGAAUCUGUGUGAGAGAGCAAGGUGCUGGAGAGGAAGACUCUCCCAACUGCACGCAAGAAGUUGGGAAGGAAGACGGACGGUCACAUUCAGAAUGCAGUCUAGCAGGUUCCAGUCCAGCAGCUAAAGUGAGGGCGGGCGGCGGAGAAUAUCCUGACUCUAGGAAAGGUUUAACCCAGUUACAGCAUUUAGAAGUACAUCAGCAAACUCACACUGGAAAGAAACAGUAUUGCUGCUCUGACUGUGGGAAGAGUUUCAGUCAUUCAGGACACCUGAAAACACACCGGCGAAUUCACACUGGAGAGAAACCGUAUCUCUGCACUGACUGUGGGAAGAAUUUCAAUGUGUUACAAAACCUGAAAACACACCAGCGAAUUCACACUGGAGAGAAACUAUAUCACUGCGCUGACUGUGGGAAGAGUUUCAAUGUGUUACAAAACCUGAAAAGACACCAGCGAAUUCACGCAGGAGAGAAACCAUGUCACUGUUCUGACUGCGGGAAGAGUUUCAGUCAGUCAGCACACCUGAAAAUACACCAGAGAAUUCAUACUGGAGAAAAACCGUAUCGCUGCACCAAUUGUAGGAAGAGUUUCAAUGUGUUACAAAAUCUGAAAAGACACCAGCGAAUUCACGCAGGAGAGAAACCGUGUCACUGUUCUGACUGUGGGAAGAGUUUCAGUCAAUCAGCACACCUGAAAACACACCAGCGAAUUCACACUGGAGAGAAACCAUAUCUCUGCUCUGACUGUGGGAAGUGUUUCAGACAGUCCGAAACCCUGAGAAAACACGAGCGAAUGCACUCUAGAGAGAUACCAUUUCGCCGCUUUGACUGUGGGAUGAGUUUCAGUCACACACAGUCCCUGAAAGUACACCAGCAAAUUCACAUAGGGGAGAAAUAGUAUCUCUGCUUUGACUGUGGGAAGAGUUUCAGUCAGUUAGGAAACCUGAGAAAAUACCAGCGAAUUCACACAGGAGACAAACCCUAGGAACCAUGUUCAUUCAGAAAAAACAUUAUUUUAUAUUAUGAAUCCCUGUGUAAUUACUGUUUUGUGUAUCACUCUUAAGAACUUGCAUAUUAAAUGGUAAAAAUGCUGUUCAACUCUCUUACACUGUAAUUGUGUCAAAGUGGGCGGUGACGCAGACACGUCACAAGAGACUUCUCUGCUGUCAGUUUAAAUGCAAGCCUGUCAAUGCAGUCAGUGCCUGGGAGCAGGAAUAUACAGAAAGGAAACUAUUCCACACCUCAUCUGAUGGACAAGUCAGGAGAAAUUGAUAAUUCUGUGUGGGAAAUGAGUUUCAGGAUUUAGCAUUUAAACUUCAUUAACUUGAAAAUAAAUAAAUUGAUGGGAACGACUAUCUCGACCCCGGUAUGUAGCAUCCAAGAGACAAGACUGCAUCGUCCUUACUGGCAAUCGCCUGGAGGAUUUGUCUUGUACAUUUUAUCACGUUUCUAGAACUAAUGAAAAAUGAUAAUGUCCCACAAUGCACCUGGACUCUGGGAGAAAUUCCUAGUUGUAAUUGAGUGUUCCGUAACAUGAUGUUUCAAUUUUUAAUCCUAUGAGACUUGAGAGGCUGUGAUGUUAAUGAAGUUUGUCGUUCCCCAUCCUCCCACAAAAUAGCGUAAAUCUACUUUAAAGGAUGGGUAAUAACGAUUUCAAUUGGGGAAUGGUUUAUAUUACCUGCUGUGCUGACCUGCCAGUCUUGUCUAAACAAACAAAGCUGAUUAUUAUUUUUUAAAUAAGAAUGUCUGUCGAAAGCCAAUAUACAACUUUCUUCCUGUAAAGGGUUAAGAAGUGCAUCAUCUGGUGGAUACAAGCUGCUGUGACACUCCCAUGAAAUGACAAACUAUCAGUCAAAGUUUGACGAAUGAUUCACAAUUGAACUGGUUAAAUCAUUUUCGUAACUAAUCUUGCGUACGCAAGUUUAAGAGUUGUUAAAACAUGUUUAACAUGCUUAUUGUAGAACAUGUUUAACAUGCUUGUAACGGCAAUUUUAAUUAGGAGAAUGAAACUGAAACUUUAUCUUGGAUCCAGACUCAUCUCGCAAUGAAGUGACCUCAGAGCCAACGCUGGAAUGGGGCUUCAUUCAGCGCCAUAGUGCCAACAUCCUCUCAAGAUGUUGAAUCUACAUCCAACUGCAGCUAUGUUACAAAGGCCAGCUGCAUUUCAGCUUUGUUUUUCAACAACGACCACAUCUCCAGAAUAACUAUUACAUUUCAAAGACUCAAGUAAGAUUUUUAAGAUUUAAUUAAAAUGCUAUUUGUUUGGAUAAGAAAUCUCUACAUGCAAACCAAAAGUAAACGUUUAAUACAGCGUAACACUUUGCUAAGAUUAAAGAGACAAUGCUACUUUGAUGAACAAUUGAAACAUAAUGAUAUAAAAAGUACAAUUUUUAUAUUUUCUAAAAUGAAAAUGUAUCUAUUGCAUCUUUAUUCCAAAGACAACUCUGAUGAGAGAUCUGGAUAAACUCACCAGGACAAAGAAUGCCAUUUGUUAAGCUAAAUCCCUGCUGUGAAGACUGGCUAGGCAUGACUUUGUUAAACAAAUUCAAAUCUUUAUCAGAUUAAGUACCAAGAUUUUGUUUACACCUUGUAUAUUUAAACUGAUAACAGGACCAUGUAAUGUUCUUACAAGACAUUGUGUCUGAAUAGUAUUCAAUAAGAAAUCUGUCAAAAAAUGGGAAAAUAACUGUUAUAAAAAUGAUAUUCUUGUGAACAUUUACAAGCAUAGAAAAUAUAGAGUAUUAAAAGCCUUAAUUAAAUCACAAAAUUAAGUAAUUUAAUUCAGGAAAUGGAUUAAAAUCUAAUUAAUUUAG